AUGGAAUAUUUUCAAAAAACUUCACCUGAAAAGUUUCGGUUUAUAGACUUUUACAAGUACCGCCAGAGGCAAGAUGAUUUUACCCGAUCUUUUCGAGAAGAGUCUGGCAAUCUCUGGCGUUGUUUGAUGUCACUGGUGAAAGAUGGAACACCUCAGGUCAAAGAGAACGCCAGACAUCGAACGAAACUUGAGGACGUUCGCAUAUUUUGGCAACAAAUUGAGAAUGAAACGUCGAUUGAUGAUGCUGAGGCGGAAGUAGCUUGCAAGUUCAUACGCAGAUCAUUGAUGUGGCGCUUACCAAUGUCGAGGAGAAGAUG